AACCAAACAGCCCGCGAGCCCGCUUUCCUCAACGGCAGCCGAACUGAGCCGACCGGAACCCGGAGUGAUGGUGACCUCCUAACUGCGCCUGCUUCACGGAGCGGAGUUCGGCUCGAACGGAAUCCCGGUUCUGCCCGCGUGCGUCUGCCUCGCUCCGAACGGCAUGGAGACAGUGUGGAGCAGAGACGUUCGCGCCUCCCAGCUGCUGCUCCUCAGCCUCGUAGUGGUGGCAGCAGAUCAGCUUCUCCAGGAUGUGAGGAAACUCCCUGAUGAUCUGGACUGGUCCUACACAGGCAGUCUGAACCAGAAGAACUGGGGUAAGAAGUUUCCAUCCUGCAACGCUGCCAAACAGUCUCCUGUGGAUAUCGAGGAGAUCUUCACUCAAGUCUCGCUGCAGUUCCAGAACCUACAGCUAGAGGGCUGGCACAAACCAACAACAGACUCCACCACCAUUCACAACAAUGGGAAAACCGUGGCCAUAAACGUUGGGGGCCAGUUCUUUGUCAGUGGUGGGGGGUUGACCUCCAGGUUUCAAGUGGCCAGACUUCUCUUCCACUGGGGGCGCUGCAAUGCAACAUCAGACGGAUCAGAACACAGCCUGAAUGGGAUGAAGUACCCACUGGAGAUGCAGAUUUACUGCUACAAUCCCGACGACUUCCAGAGUCUGGAUGAUGCAGUAGAACAAGGUGGAAGGGUCGCUGCAUUAGCGGUUCUCUUCGAGGUUAACCUGGAGGAAAAUGAGAAUUUCAGUGCCAUACUGAAGGCCAUUGACAGCGUCAGCAGGUUUGGUAAAAGUGCCUCCGUUGAGGCUUUCACCCUGAGGUCCCUUCUGCCCAACAACACCGAUAAGUACUACAUCUACAACGGCUCCCUGACCGCUCCUCCCUGCUCCGAGUCCGUCCAGUGGGUUGUUUUCAAACACACAGUGGCCAUUUCAGAAGCUCAGCUGGAGGUGUUUUGCGAGGUGAUGACCAUGGAGCAGGCCGGAUACGUGGUGCUGACGGAUUAUCUGCAGAACAACUUCAGGGAGCAGCAGCAGCAGUUCAUGGGUCAGGUGUUCGCCUCCUACACCGGAGUGGAAGAUGUUCUCACACCCACCUGCAGUUUGGAGCCACAGAACGUCCAGGCUGAUGCUCAGAACGACACCACCAUCGUGGUGACGUGGGAACGCCCCCGAGCCGUCUAUGACACCACCAUCGACUGGUACACGGUCACCUACCAGAGGCUGCAGGGCGGAGAGCAGAUCAAGCAGGAGUCCCGCACCGACGGAGACCAAGACGUGGGCGCCAUCAUUUCCAACCUGUUAGCUAACAGCAGCUAUGUUGUUCAGGUGGUAGCUAACUGUGCUAACGGCCUCAGAGGACGAUGGAGCGACCAGGUCAUUGUCGACAUGCCUUUGGAAGACCCUGAGAGUGAGUCCACACCUGACACUGCCACGGAAAAGUCCAACGUCCACAGAGCAGUCUCAACAGUAGAUGACCCUGAAAGAUCAGACAACCAGAACCAACCGGACUUAACCCCAGAUCACAGCCCAGUGGAGGAGAUCCCAGUAGAGCAGACUAGAGUUUACCAAAACCAUCCCCAACCUCCUCAGAACCAGCCCACAGACAAGACCCAGACAUACCAACACAGCUCAUUGCAGAUUGAUUCAGCCCCUCCUGGUUCAACCGCUCCAAACAAAACUCCACUCAACCACAACGGUGAAGACAAAUCAGGCCAAAACAGGUCCCAGCUCCACAGUUCUGACCACAACUGGAUUGAGAGUAAGCACCUGAUACCAGCACAGCAGCCCGUCACAAAUCAUGGAUUUUCUAGCAACAGCGCGAUUUGGAUCACUCGCAUAACCCAGCAACCAGGCUUCCUGUUUCCGGCUGCGCAGACGACAGCUCCACCAUCAAUCCGACGGCAAAUCACAGAAGAAGCAUCUCUGUCUGUGUUGUCAGCUCAGUCUGGUCAUAAUGAGCCUCCAGAGCACACAGAUGAAAGCGGCUUUCCUAACAUAGACCUGUACACUCCUCCAUUGGACACCACCCAAGUCACAGAAAUCUUCUACGAGGAUAUGUUCACCCACUCUCCACUGGACUCCACCACCACCUCCUCUUUAACAGUGUCUGCCUCUGCCAUACCAGUGACAGAAAAGGACAAAAGACUGUUACUGCCGAACAGAUCUCUGCCAGAAUCCACCAUCUUAGAGUCCUCCACCCCUUCAUCCAUCAAGAUAAACUCUGCAACUGUCAGCAACACUCUUGCAGAAUCAGUCUACAAGUCGCUUACAACCUCCUCUUUACUCAAAGUGCUGCUGCACACAACUCAGCCCAUGUUCAAUGUAAAUUCAGCAGCGAAUGAGGAGCCAAUAAUCGAUGAGUCUUCUGGCUUUAAAGACUCUUCUAAUGUGCUGAAUGGAAUCAACCUCAGAACCGUUGUGGUUUCUAUCUAUAAAGGCGUUUACUCUACUAAAGGAACGACAGUCAGCGCCACACGUCCCUCACUCAAAGCCUUCAGUAGAUCCAUCACCAAAAACUACCAUACUCCUCUCCAUGAAAACAUGUCCUCUGAAGACGUAUCGUUGGUUCAUUUGUUGUUGGGUUCAGAGAACCCAACUCCUCUACCAACUGGUUCUGUAUCACACAUGGUUACUUCUUAUUCUCAACAAGGUUCUCAUCCUAGGCAGAACUUCAAGUUGGUGCCUAAUCAUGAGAGUGAAAAAAAGUCUGGCAGCAAUGAAGACACAGAUUCUGUCACUUCCUCUCUGAGGGGUUUUGAUUGGUCAUAUGAUCCAGUGGAGACCAGUGGGUUAGGCUCUGGACUUUACAGCAGUAGAUUCAAGUGGGAAUGGGAUACAGCAUCAGAAGCUCAACCUCAUGCUUCAGUUUUUUUAGGCGUAGCCACCAAUGAUGAAAGGAACAGACUGAUGAGAGCUGAGUUGGCAGCUAGAAGAGAUAAGGAAGCUUCAGGAAGUGAAUUGGAUGCUGAGAAGGAACUGGAUACAGAGGAGAAGAAUGAGCUGAGGGGUGAGGCAGAGGAAAAGAUGCACAUGGGCUGUCAGAGGGCAAAGAACAACGGGAGACAGUUUAGUAUGACAGAAAGCUAUCACUCACAAACAAACGAGGAGAAAACAAUCACACCAGGGAACACAUUUGGAGGGACAUCGGACAGCAGAAGUGAAAGUAUGACUCCAGAGAGUGAAAGUGGGACUUUACAAACUCCAGAAAGUGGAAGUGGGACUCCAGAGAGUGGAAGUGGGACCUCGGAGACUCCAGAGAGUGGAAGUGGGACUCCAGAGAGUGGAAGUGGGACUCCAGAGACUCCAGAGAGUGGAAGUGGGACUCCAGAGAGGAGAAGUGGAACUCAGGAGAGUGGAAGUUGGACCUCGGAGACUCCAGAGAGUGGAAGUGGGACUCCAGAGAGUGGAAGUGGAACUCCAGAGAGUGGAAGUGGGACUUCAGAGACUCUAGAGAGUGGAAGUGAGACUUUAGAGAGUGGAAGUGAGACUUCAGAGAGUAGAAGUGGGAAUCCAGAGAGUGGAAGUGGAACUCCAGAGAAUGGAAGUGAGAUUUCAGAUACUCUAAAGAGUGGAAGUGGGACUCCAGAGACUCCAGAGAGUGGAAGUGGGACUCCAGAGAGGAGAAGUGGAACUCCAGAGAGUGGAAGUUGGACCUCUGAGACUCCAGAGAGUGGAAGUGGGACUCCAGAGAGUGGAAGUGGAACUCCAGAAAAUGGAAGUGGGACUUCAGAGACUCUAGAGAGUGGAAGUGAGACUUUAGAGAGUGGAAGUGAGACUUCAGAGAGUAGAAGUGGGAAUCCAGAGAAUGGAAGUGAGAUUUCAGAUACUCUAAAGAGUGGAAGUGGGACUCCAGAGACUGGAAGUGAGACUUCAGAGAGUGGAAGUGGGAGUCCAGAUAUGAGUGGUUCUGGGGAGUUUGUUGGGACUGAUGGUGAGGAAGGUGGAGGUGGAAAAAGCUUGGUUGGAGGGGGUACUGAGUCUGCCUCUGGGAGCAGUGAGAUGGACUACCCACCAGGAGGAGAAGGUGUGCUCCUUUUGCCAGCUGGGAAAAACUCCUCCUCUGCCGAAUCCUCCUUGGUUUUCACUGGCAAUGAUGAAGAGGGUCAGUCAGGUGUCAACAAGCUGGUUUCUAUUAUCGUAGACUCAAAGGGGGCUGAGAGUGAAGCAGGUCAGAAGAGUGGUGAACAUGCAGGAAGGUGGAGCAAAGAGAACAGAGGGGGAGGUGGUUUUGGAGAGCGUUUGACUUACAAAAGGGGAGAUCCUUCACCGGGUCGUUCCGUCACUGCGCUCAGACUGACAGAUGCCAGCCUGCUAGCAGAGGAGCAAACACAAGCCAAAGAGGGCAGCAACAGCAGCCAUGAAUCUCGGGUUGGGCUGGUUGAAGGCGUAGAGACGGAGAAGAGGACUGUGGUUCCUCUGGCUGUCGUCUCCACUCUCACCAUCCUUUGCCUGCUGGUUCUGGUGGGCAUACUCAUCUACUGGAGAAACUGUUUCCAGGCGGCUCAUUUCUAUCCAGACGACACCACAUCACCUAAAGUCAUAUCUGCUCCGUCCACUCCACUGCUGAUGGCAACAGACGGCCACGAGCCACUGACGGUGAAGCAGUUUGUGAAGCAUGUCAUGGAGCUCCACAGCACCAACACCUUCUCCAAGGAGUUUGAGAUUGUCAAAGAGUCGUAUGAGGAGGUACAGAUGUGUACGGUGGACUUGGGUAUCACAGCUGACAGUUCGAAUCACCCCGAAAACAAAAGCAAGAACCGUUACAUCAACAUCCUGGCCUACGACCACAGCAGAGUAAAGCUCUUCAACAGUCUCGACAAAGAUAGCAAAUGUGGAGACUACAUUAAUGCUAAUUUCGUAGACGGUUACGAGCGGACCAGGGCAUACGUGGCGGCGCAGGGGCCCCUCAGGGCGGGCAGGGAGGACUUCUGGCGGAUGAUCUUGCAGCAGAACAUCGGAGUUGUGGUCAUGAUCACCAAUCUGAAGGAGAAGGGACGUACCAAAUGUGAUCAGUACUGGCCAGAAGAGAAUCAAGAGGAAUAUGGUCCUUACCAGGUAACGCUGAGAUCCUCAAGAACUCUGGCAUAUUACACCGUGCGCACAUUCACGGUCAGGGAUACGACAAAUAAGCUGCCUCAGCGAAGAGCUGAACAUACUGUUCUCCAUUACCAUUACACCCAGUGGCCAGACAUGGGUGUCCCAGAGUACACUCUGCCUGUCCUGUCCUUCAUCAGAGUCUCCUCUCAGGCUCGCACACAGGAGAUGGGACCAGUCUUAGUCCACUGCAGUGCUGGAGUUGGAAGAACAGGAACCUACAUAGUGAUUGACAGCAUGCUGCAGCAGAUCCAGGAUCAGGGGACAGUUAAUGUCCUUGGGUUCUUGAAACAUGUCCGGACGCAGAGAAACUUUCUGGUUCAGACAGAGGAGCAGUAUGUGUUCAUCCAUGACGCUUUGGUGGAGGCCAUCUUGAGCCGGAAUACUUUGGUCAAAUCUGAGCACCUUCACACUUACGUGUCUAACCUGCUGAUACCUGGCGGCACAGGCAGGACGCGGAUGGACAAACAGUUCAAAUUGAUCAGUCAGCGUCAGGCGAAGCACACAGAUUACAGCACUGCCCUUAAAGAUGGUAAUGCAGAAAGGAACAGAGCCAGAGCGCUGAUGCCAGUGGAGAGAUCAAGAGUGUCUCUGUCAUCGUCGGAAUCAAACUCUACAGGCUACAUCAAUGCUUCCUAUGUUGUGGGCCAUCACUGCAGUAAGGAGUUCAUCGUGAGUCAGACUCCUCUGGCCAGCACUGUGGCAGACUUCUGGAGGAUGAUCUGGGAGCAGCAAACUCGCACUGUUGUCCGUCUGCCGGACAACCAGGGUGAAGAAAGGGAGUGUUGUGUCUUCUGGCCCAGUAAAGAGCAGCCUCUGCGGUGUGAGGGCUUCACUGUGUCUUACUCCAGAGAGGAGUUCAUCCACGUUGGAAACGACGAGAGAGUCCUGGUGCAGGACUUCUCCGUUGAGUCCUCGCAGAAUGACUACGUCCUGGACGUCCGGCAGUACAGCGCCCUCUGUUGGCCCAACCCAGACAGCUCCAUCAGAGACUGCUUUGAUCUGGUCAGCGUGGUCAGGGAGCACAGCAGACCCGCGCAAGGAUCCGUACUAGUACACGACCCUUUGGGGGGGGCUACAUCAGGGCUGUUCUGUGCACUCACCACCCUCUUCAGCCAACUGGAGGAGGAGGGCUCAGUGGAUGUCUACCAGGUGGCACGCAUGACCAACCUCAUGAGGCCCGGGGUUUUCAACGAUGUCGAGCAGUACCAGUAUCUGUACCAAGCCGUGCUGAGCCUGGUGAGCAGCCAGGAGGACCAGAGAGCCCUGCAGAGUCCAGAAACCAACGGGUCAGUUCCCCUGGGACAGUCCAACAUCGCAGAGAGCCUGGAGUCGCUCAUGUAGAGCCGCUCAAACUCUGCCACACUUAACACAGACAUAGUGAGGUGAAGCUUUCAGUCAAUGAGAGCUUUCAUGUCCAGUAUGUUUGUUCACUCAAAAAUACCUGAUAAUGACUAAAACCUGUUACGUGUUUUUCUACAAAUGUUUGCUCCGGUUCUAAGAAGAAGAUUUCAUUUCUUAUUAGUUAUUCUGCUUCAUUCCUACUCUUGUAGAUUAAGUUUUUAUACCAACAAACAGAAAAAAUGAUUCAAACCGUGUUAGUGAGUGACCUGCACCACUUGUAAACAGACGUUUUACAUCCUGGUAACUUCUGAAUGUGCACAACGUGUUGAAGGAACUCUGUGUAACAAUGACACCUGGUGGUUCAAACAGGUAGUGUGAAGCAUUGGGGCUCCGCACUGCCUCUUUGGUUUGUAGGAAGGCAGAGUGGCCAAAACCUUUUACUCAACUGGACGUAAAACGUAGCGGACUGAAUUCCUUUGGUCCUGACAAAAACUACACACCGGAAAUUUGAAAUGCUAACAGUUUGAUUAUUAACACUCAAAAUAGCCAUCGGUGGAAUCAGUCCACCCAAAUAAAAGUGGACUGGGAAGUAAGUAGACGGCCGUUUCUACAAAGUUACUGAAGUAAACGUCUUUUUAACUCAUUACUACCCAUUAAUGUAUUUUGUGAAAUACGACUUUGACGGUAUUGAAUGGAAAUUGGAAUUCAGUUUGUCUGCAUCAGCUGCUGUGUUCAAGUAAAGGUUAUAUAAGGAUUUAGACGGGUUUCUAGCAAUCAAACACAAUAAAAAUAAAAUCAUUUGACUUUUUCAGUCCUCUCUGGUUUGUCCCUCAUCAAAACAUGAAAACCUAGCAGCUCCAUUAUUGUCUGGUUUAUUUGCUUAACUUGAAACCCUAACAUGAUUAUUUUUGUUUCAAGGUUUUCAUUUUAGAAAUGUCACUGAUCAUAUUUAGAUUUUAGUGUUUUAAACCUUCAUUUAGAAUAUUUUUCAUGUUUGCUUGAAAUCUUUUUGAUUAAAUUCAGUUGUCAUUAAAAUGAAAAAGAAAAUCAAAUAAAUUGGGAUUAAUAUCAUUUAUGUCAAUCCUAUCCAGAUUAAUUUGCUCAAACUUUAUUUAAAAAACUUAAAAAGAAAGACAAACAUAAAACAUCUACUUUGUGGUCUUUUUUUUUGUUUUUUUGUUCCGAUCUGCAUUUGCUGGGAUAAUCUGUUGUUUUAGUAAAGCAAAAAGAGGCUUUUCCAGAACCGAACUGAAACUUAUUCGGAAUAACUGCCGUCAUUUUCAGACAUCAGUCCAGCAGAGAUGUUCAAGUUUUUCCUAAAGCCAAUUCAGAAGACCUGUGGAAGGAUUUUAGUUGAGUCAUUUUAUUUACUUUUACUGUAAUUGUCACAUGUCAUUGUCUUUGAAACUGUUUUUUAAAAACUCAGUGAACUUCUCCAACCUCGCUUUUGGUGAUAUUUUUAAAAAAGUGGGUAAAAAUCUCAUUUCUUCUUUAGAGUUUUUGCUAAAACUUUCUGAUUUUUAGGCAAAUUUCCAACUUUUUUUUUCAAAAAACAUCUAAAAAAGAAAAUGUAGAUUAGCUGUGUAUAAACAGUCAUUUUACCAAACUGUGUAGCCCACAUAGACCAGGCCUUUAUGCUCGUCACGUGACCCUUUUUAAAAUUCAUAUUUCACCAUCAAAAUCAUUUUUAGCGUCAUGUUUUGGUGUCCUUGCCAGUGCCUUUUUCUAAAUCCUGUUAUUGUGCUAAAAUCAACUCAAUCAAGCCUCCAAAUAUGGACUUGCAGAGGUUGUUGGUAAAAAAAUCCAUCAGGCUCAGAUGGACAUGCUGAGGUUCAAUGCCUUUUCUACCACUGCAACCCUGGAGUACCAGCAGGCGCGUGGAAGAGGGCGCCGUCUUUUUCUGACACUAGAGAGGAUCAGACAGAUUUUUUUUAUUUUAUCUUUAACUGUUUAAUUUUUUUUUAAAUAAAAACCCAGAGGUUCAGAAAUGGAAGUGGAAUCAGCGGCUAAAGCCUCCAUCGGCGCUGCCAGGUUCUGGCACGGCCGACAUGUUUUCAUCGGGUUGUCAUGACAACACAACAGAUUUAGGUCAAGUUCAAUGACCUUCUUUAGUGUCCUUGAAGUAAAAAUGUUACUCUGCCCGUUUGGGCUCAAAGCUGAGAAAAGCAGCUUUGGGCUGAAAUGUAAUUUUUGUUGUAGCCCUUGUGCUAUCCGCGGCACGUUAACGUUUGGGGUGGGGUCAUCUGGACCCCACAAGAUAGCACAAGGGUUAACACUGAAGCUACAGCUCUGGUGAAAGGGUUAACAGUAAUGGGAAAAGGGGCGGGGCUGUGCGAUUUGAACAUAAUAGUUUUUAUAGUUGCAUUUUGCAUCUGGGCCUUCAGGACGAACAUGAAUCCUGCGUCCGUUCUUUGGUUGGGGCUUGUAGGCGGGGCUUCAAGGUAAAGUGGUAGAAAUGGGCUUGUUCCUGUAGAGUACCGACACUGGAACCAAACAGUUUUAAAAAUGCAUGUUUUCUUUUCUUUUUAAAGUAAGCAAAACUAUUUUAAAAUAGCAGAUGAAUUAUGACUGUUGUCACUUGUGAAAGCGUCCCUGUGGAGGAGCGCUCUGUGGGUCCACAGCUGGGGUUCGAACCCGUUUCACUGGAAAUAACCCAGAACACUCGGAAGGCAUAACUACUGUAUGUUAAUAAUGUACCUACAGACCUUUUCUAUUUUACAAUAAGAGUUGAUUUUUCUAGUCCUUUCCACACAAAGCUGUGGCUUCUUUCUGAACUGAAUGUUCUGGAAGACGUUUGUAUCUCAGCAGCUUCAUGUGGAGUCCUUCAUUUUAAAGCUGGUGCCGUGUUUCUACAGAGAGCAACUAGAUUAAAGAUUUCCUUCCAA